GCCCGACCGACUCUCACGCAGCCACGCGUCGCCGCUCUAUAAAAUCCUCGCACCUACUUUGUGCGCAGCCACAAGUGCGCAGGAAAAGCCAACGUAAACAUACAGGUAAGUUUGAACCGUCCCGGCCGCGCGUUCGAGCUUAGCGCAAUGGUGUUCAGCAGCGACGAAGCGACGACGAAGCCGACGCCGUUCCCGGACGUCCACAGGUGCGACGCGUCGGCCUCGCGCCGGGGUUCCCACACGGUGGUGUCCAGCCUCGGCGGCACGCUCCUCCGGUCGCGGAGCGCCUUCCCUUACUACGCGCUCGUGGCCUUCGAGACGGGGGGCGUCCCGCGGCUGGCGCUCCUCCUGCUGCUGGCGCCGCUCGCCGCGGCGCUCUCACGCGCCGUGUCCGAGUCCGCGGGGCUCCGCGUGCUGGUGUUCGCGGCCACGGCGGGCGCGCGCGUGUCGGACAUCGAGUCCGCGGCGCGCGCCGCGCUGCCCAGGUUCUACGCGGCCGACGUGCACCCGGCGGCGUGGCGCGUGUUCUCGGCGUGCGGCGGCGGGCGGAGGCUCGUGGUGACGGCCACGCCCAGGGUGAUGGCGGAGCCGUUCCUGCGUGACCAUCUGGGUGUGGAUGCCGUGGCCGGCACGGAGCUCGCGACGUGGCGUGGGCGCGCCACGGGGCUCGUGGACGCGCGCUGGGGCGGCGUGCUCGUUGGGGAGAGGAAGGCGGAGGCGUUGAGGGAGUUGGUCGGUGACGGGAACCUGCCGGACGUCGCGCUGGGCGGCCGGCCGUCGGACUACGAAUUCAUGAGAAUUUGCAAGGAGGCGUACCUGGUGCCGGACACGCCGGUGGAGGCCGUGCGCGCGGACAAGCUGCCGAAGCCGGUGCUCUUCCACGACGGCCGCCUCGUCCAACGCCCGACCCCUCUCGCCGCCCUCCUCGCCGUGGCAUGGUUCCCCUUCGCCUUCCUCCUCGCCUGCGCGCGCGUCGCCACAGCCUCGCUCGUCCCGAUGCCGUUCCUCUACCACGCCAUCUGCAGCCUGGGCGUGCGCAUCGUGGUCCGGGGCGCCCCCCCGCCACGGGCCGAGCGCGCCAAGGGACGCACGGGCUCGCUCUUCGUCUGCUCCCACCGCACGCUCCUGGACGCCGUCUUCCUCUCCGUGGCGCUCGGCCGCCCCGUGCCCGUCGUCACUUACUCCCUCUCCCGCCUCUCGGAGCUCCUCUCCCCGAUCCCCACCGUCCGGCUCACGCGAGACCGCGCCACGGACGCCGCCGCCAUCAGGGAACUCCUGGCCGAGGGCGACCUGGCCAUCUGCCCCGAGGGCACCACGUCCCGGGAGCCAUUCCUGCUGCGGUUCUCAUCGCUCUUCGCCGAGCUCACCGACCACAUCGUGCCCGUGGCCACGGACUGCGAGAUGAGCAUGUACCACGGCACCACGGCCAGGGGCUGGAAAGGGAUGGACCCCUUCUACUUCUUCAUGAACCCGCGCCCGCGGUACACCGUCACGUUCCUCGACAAGCUCCCCGCCGAGCUCACCUGCGGCGGCGGUGGCAGGUCCUGCCAUGAGGUGGCCAACCACGUGCAGAAGCUGCUGGCUUCGUCGCUCUCCUACGAGUGCACCGGCUUCACCCGGAAGGACAAGUACCGGGCGCUCGCCGGCAACGAUGGCAUCGUCACCGUCAACACGGCCAAGAAUUGAUCGAAGAGGAUAUCUGUUGCGGCAGUACAUAUAUAAACACGUACAGUACAGACGUCCUUAAUUAAUCGGACUGUAACUUCACUAGUACUGUUCUUGGAUGAACUGGGCAAUGAUUCGUUGAUCGAUCGAACGGUAUAUAUAUGUAUGUAAACACGAUGAGUUGAAACAGAGAAACAAAGAUCACUGAACAAAUGAUUUUAUUUCGAUUC